AAAUAAAAUGAAUUUUAUUUACUUGAAUGUAAUAAGGCUGAUUAAUCAGGUUGGUAAAGCCUGAUAUUUAUUUUUAUGUAGGAUCGUGGUCACUUGUCAAAACUACGGGUUUUGCGUUACAAUAACAAGUCAAAUAUUCCCUUUUAUAACAUUUAUUGAUUAAAUAAUAAUUAUAUAGUAAUGAUUAUACAAUAAUGAUACAAGUUUACAAUUCUUUUACUUACUUUUAGCAAUGAAGUCGGAUAAAUCGAUGAUUAUAGCUUAGUCGUUAUAAUUGGUUUUGAUUUGAUUUGAAAUAGUUCGUUUUGGUUGCACUUGUGUAACUUUAACGACUUAAAUUGUUUUAUAACUAUUUAAAGAAUUGCAAUGUUCUUUAUUGUUAUUUCUCGUCACUCGCACCUUUGACAGGAAUGAAUUUUAUAGCAGGUGUAAGAGAAGCAACAUACACUAAAUUGACAAAUUUAGAAAAAGAGAUAAUGCAAGAUUUCUUUAGUAUUUAUAGUUAUAAAUACGACAGUUAUUUCUAUUAAAUUAUUGAUUCUAAGUGUUAAUUUGCUUCUCUUGCACCUAUUGGCUAUCAGGAAAGAACUAUGUUCUAAGUGAAAAGUCAAAUUAACUUGCACCUAUUGGCUAUCAGGAAAGAAUACAAUAAUUAGGGCGAAAGUAAACUGAAGGGUCGCUCUACGAUGUUAGAGAUUGCACCGGAACUUUUGACAAGCUUUAUGGAAAAAGCUCUUGUUUAUAUACUAGUUCGAUUAUGCUAAUUAGUGGGAGAAAUGUCAUAUUAUUGGGGAAGGGGUGAUCUAUAAAUAGAAUCACUUUCCUUAUAUGGUAAUGAUCUACAUCGCAUGUAUGACAUUGAAUUUUCUUCUUUCUGAAUUCUCUCUUUUAUUUGCUGACAAUGGGCUUUUGAAGAUCAUAUUACACUUGGAUCUUCACAACCUUCGCAUUCUUCACGCGCAUAAACAACAAGCUCGAACUUGCUUCACAUUUUGCUUACAUAUAUCCUAUUUUUAGCUUUUCAACUUUCUGAACUUUUAUGGUGAAAACGAAUGUCAUAUCUCUUUUGAUAUCGAUUUCGUUUUCACAUUCUAUCCUAGCAAUAUAUACAUAAGUAAAUACAUUAAAAUAAGACAUAUAGUUUAAGUAUUGUAAAAUUAUCAUAGAAAAAUGUCUUAUUUUAACGAUAAUUUUAAGGAAAAUUAGGGAAAAUUGUUACCGGGAUGUAACAGUCUCCCCCCCUUAGAUUUUUCAUCGUCCCGAUGAAACUAUUUCCAGUUGUCGCAAAUACAUGAUUAUAAGACUGGAAUUUUUGAAAUUGAGACUAUCUUUUAUAGUCCUUACGCUUACUGACCUACAUUCAUUGUGACAUUGAUAUCCCUUGAAUUUAUCUGUAGUAGCUAAUGUGAAGACAAAAAUGAUGAUGUGACAUCGAAAUGAAUUUACAAUGUUGUGAUGCGUGUUUGUGUAUUCAAAGUGUUAUGGCUAUCUUCUUGAGGUAGGUAUGAAUUUCUUCUUUCGUGGUACAGUUAAUGACCUCUUGUUUGUUGUGUGCGUAUAUCAGAAUUGUUUAGAUCAGCACUUUUCAUCCCUUUAAGAUGCAGGAGGUCCGAAGAUCUUGUCAGUUUGCUUGCAUUUACCAUGGAGAAACAAUCAACAACCGUCAAUAGUGAGUAAAUGCGGAAACAGUGUUGUGUUGAUAUAUGUAGUUAUAUUAGUUUAUUUCAAAUUGUUUGUCUUUCUUUUAUAGUGCCUGGUGAUAAAAAAUGCAGCUCGAGUUUGGUGUAUUACUUCCUAUCUUUACAAGGAUUAGCGGCUUCCGUAUAUUAUGCCGCAGAGGAGAUUGAGGUGUUAGAGGGUCAAUCCAGACCUGGUCGUCCUCGCAAAGGUGUAAUUAAGGACAUUACCAUCAGUCCAAAAGUCCGACAGCGGCACAUCCAAGGGCUAAAACGUGAAUUGAAGGAAAAUUCUGGACAGAUGACGGCCAUGCUCAAUUCUUUAUUUCGUCCGGGUCGUCCUGUUGGAUGUUUUUGUGGAGAAUGUCAGGUUUCUCCAAUAAAUAAGCCCAGGGUUUCAUCGGAAAAUCUAUCGUCAGAGAUUAUUGAGAUUCCGGUACAAACCCAAUCAAGGGUUUGGCCUCGGACCAUGGUGUGGAUUAAUGAAGGUUCACCAUCAGGGCUUGUUGAACCGCAACCUGGACCUUCUUCGAGGCCAGACCCUUUGGCCAUUGGAGAGCCUGCUCCUAAACUAUGGAGGCCGUUUGACGAUUCAAUUCAAGAGCCUAGACCUGGUCCUUCUAGGGAGAAUUCCCUAAUUAAUUCGGAGGAGCAUAAUCCUGGUCCUGUAUGGUGUUUAAAGCCAAAUGCAGAAGAAAAUGAAGAAUCGGUGCCAAUAACGUUAUGCGUGUGUGGAGAAUGUUCUCCAUAAAUUUUCAAUUUUUAAUUAUUAAUUAGUAUUUUACGUGCAUAUACUUCU